AUGAAUGCUAUUCAGGCAGAAUAUCCAACUGUUUUAACACCUGAGAUAGCAACAUUGAUAUCGCGAAUUACUUUUCUAUUCCUUAUUCUAGGUUAUAGAAUUAAUAUUAUUUUAGACUAUAUGCGCGGGACCAUUGGAUUAAAGAAAAAUGAUGAUUAG